AUGGCUUCUUGUUGUCGCAAAGGGAGUUGCACCAGCGGAAAAUCGAAAGCACAAAAAAAGAGGGAUGAAGAAAUAAAGGUAUGGAGAUCAGUGAUGCCUUUAUUUCUCCAUUUAUUUGUUAGCAAGCAGCAUCCGGUGCAACCCCGAUUAUUUCUUCAAAUUUUGGUAAGAGUGCCAACAAUAUCUGCGUUAUUUGUUUCUUUUUCAGUACGAGCUCCACCUGAGAGUCAUGACAGACGCACAAUUAUCUACGUGUGGGGAAAACGAUCUCUCAUUCAUGAGGAUGCCAUUUUUGAUGAUUUUGGUGGAAGUCCUUCAGAUGGAAUGACUAUCGAUAGAUCCGUAGCGUCAGGUGCUGUCUCCUUCGAUUCUGCCAAUGCUACCAGUGGCCACGGGAGCGCGUUCUUACAACAACAAACAGAAAUACCGCCGAGCCCUAUAGACGUUCCAACGCGAUCAGUGGCACCGUCGACAAUUCAAUCGUCGCCAGAUCACUUUCGUAGACUUCCUGCCCAUCAGUCUCGGCACCGUGGACAGACCGAAACAGUCCCAUUGACAAUAACGUCGCUCUCCAGAACAAGAAUCACCGAGGUGGCCUGCGGUGACACGCACCUUUUGUUGCUGAGCUCGGCAGGAGAUGUUUACGCCUUUGGGGUGGGGCGUUCGGGGCAGCUUGGGCUGGGGGAGGAACGGCUUUUCGUUCAAAAGCCGGAGAAGGUCCCCCAGCUCGGACACGUUAUGCAAAUUGCUACUGGGGCCAGCCACUCUGUAGCUCUGACUUAUGAGGUGAACUUUAUGGUAUUGCCGUCAACUCAUUUUCUCUAUCAGGGUUCUGUUUACGUUUGGGGAGAUGCGGAAAACGUCGGUGACGCAUGCGGCGUUGAUCGACCGUAUCCGAGCAAAGUCCCUGAGACCCAGUCGUUCAAUGAACGGAUUGUCGGAGUCGCUACUGGAGCACGUCACAGUUUACUCUUGAGCGAGGAUGGUCGUGUUUACUCAUGGGGUGACAAUCUUUGCGGACAAUGUGGUAUUCCGCUGCAUUCUGUACGAUUCGACGUUCCUAAGCAAGUGAAAAUGCAAGUUGGAGAUACGCGUCUGCCCAUACGGUCAAUUGGCGCUGGUUUGAGGCAUUCGGCGGCCAUUACAAGUAAUAAUCAACUUCUCUUAUGGGGGCACUCUGCACAUCACAAGCUGAUUCAUACCGCACCCGCAGUCAGUUUGCUAGAAGAGCGGUUUGGUGUCGGGGUGGGACACAUGGGAGUUGCUGUGAAAUCUGGGAUCAAAGAUUGUGUUCCUAAACCUCGAUUGGUUUAUUCGUUGCUCAAUCAAAAAGUUUCAUGCGUUUGUCUCGGAGAUGAGUUCACUGUUGUUGUAACGGGAGAUGGGGUAGUUGGCGCUGGUCUCAGCAGUAUGUUUGCUGAAGGAUCCACUCGAUUGGACUUGCAGAGCAGUCGGUAUGAUGGAAGCGUCAGAGCGGAGGAUUCCAAUGAGGAUAAAAUGGACCACUGA